GCCCCGCCGCGCCUGCGUACUGAAUGCACGCGCGCCCCCGCGGGCCGAGUUUCCUCCGUGCGCGUCUCUUGCAGAACAGGGCUCGUAACGCAACGGAAGCUCAACCUUUGUUACCCGGAAGGGCAGGCCGCCGCCGAAAGCUCCGCCCGCUCCGCCCGCUUCGGUUGGGCCCGGUUGCCAUGGCGCUCUCCCCGUACGUGCAGUCCAUGCAGGAGCUGUUCCGGGCCAACACGCGCAUCCGCGAGUUCCCCGCGCACGUGGCCAAGGUCCACUCGGUGGCCUGGAGCUGCUGCGGCCGCCGCCUCGCUUCCGGCUCCUUCGACAAGACCGCCAGCGUCUUCGUGCUGGACAAGGACCGGCUGGUCAGUGCUGGGCGCGCCAGGCGGGGAAAUAGGAGGAGCAGAGAGACCAGUUGCCGCAGCCGGGGGCUGGCGUGAAUCCUGCUCACUUGGGCGCCUAACAGUGGUGACUUCGCUUCACGGCAUAUGGACCUCUGGGAUCCGUGAGGAAAAGUCGCCGCAUUUAUGGUUUUUUGGUUUAGAGGUGGCAUGAAAGGAGUGUAUAAAACACUGCGUGGCGUGGAGAAAGUCAGUACCAUCUCUCAUAACAACACUGGAAGUCGUGGGGAUCCACCGAAACGGAAUGGGAGAGGAUUUAGGACAGAAGAAAGUGCUCCUUCACAUCACAUAGUUAAACCAUGGAAACCCCAGUAACCGUGGUAGCUGCAAACAUGGAUGACUUUAAGUGAGGAUUGGAUAACUUAACAUGUUCUUCCAUGUUUGGAGACAGUAUGUUUCUGAGUACUAGUUGCUGGAAACCACAAGGUCCUACUUUUGGGCUUCUAAUAUGGUUGGCCACUUUGAAAGCAGGAUGCUGAACUAGAUGGGCCAUUGGUCUGAUCCUGCAGGUCUUUCUGGAGUUCUUAUUCCUAAAAGAGGUUUGACCCGAAAACUGAGCACUUAGGCUUGGAUGAUAGUGCACUUAGAAUGAUUAUUAAGCCUAGUUAGGCUGCUUGUGAGAUGCAUGGUAAUUCAAAGGGUCGUCAUAACAUUUCCCUUUUGAGGGAUGUGUGUGUGUUGAUUACUAGUUUAGAACUUUACUGUUUUCCGUAGGUGAAGGAGAAUAAUUACCGUGGCCAUGGAGACAGCGUGGAUCAGUUGUGCUGGCACCCCAGUAACCCAGACUUAUUUGUCACUGCGUCUGGAGACAAAACCAUCCGUAUAUGGGAUGUCCGCACUACUAAAUGUAUUGCCUCCGUGAAUACCAAGGGUAGGUAUCACUAAUAUUCACUGAAAACAAAGCUGUCCUAUGUGCUUUUGUUUUGCAUUUUGCAAGGGUUUACUGCAUUUAAUGGGGGGCAAGUACAGGAACCUGAGCAAGAUGGUCCUGAGAGGCAGUCAGUCUCCACUGGCAACCUAGCCCACAUGAACCAUUCUUCUUUUUCUAUCUUUGUUGCUCAAGAAGGGGCUGAGAUCGAAAUUAACUUGUACUAUGACUGUAUUUCAAAAGCAUUGAUUGAAGGUAUAACUUAUAGAUGCCAUUUUAUCAAAAACACUAGAAACCAUCUAGAGGGUUGAGCGGGGGACAAGAUUUUUAAUGGUGUUUAUAAUGCAGCUAUCUUGAGCUGCGUGGGACUGGCAGUUGGAGACCAACAGUAAUUGGAGGGCCACAGGCACCAUAUCUCUGGUGAAGAGAGUAUAGGUAGAUAAGCUGCAUUUUAUAGGGCUGGGUAUACGUGAUUAUGUUAGAAGUUCUUGGCUUAAAAAUGCAGGAGUUUGUGUGUUGACUGAACUCCUGCCCCAGAAAGGAAUUCAGUAGGUUCAAUUUCCCCUUCCUCACUUUUACAGGGGAGAAUAUUAACAUUUGUUGGAGCCCCGACGGACAGACUAUCGCAGUAGGGAACAAGGAUGAUGUGGUCACCUUCAUUGAUGCUAAAACAUAUCGGUCCAAAGCUGAGGAACAGUUCAAGUUUGAGGUGAAUGAGAUCUCUUGGAACAAUGACAACAACAUGUUUUUCCUCACCAAUGGCAACGGUUGCAUCAACAUCCUCAGGUACCCUCACCAUGGCCUUUACUGGGAAGGGCAGCAAGUGAGUUGGCUGUCUUGACUUUUGUAUGGGUUGUGGGUGGGGAAAAAUACUUGUGGGGUGUACACCCAGGUGGGUGUACAAGAGAAAACUGCCUCGUGGACCUACUUAGGCCUAAGGACCAGAGGUUUUCCAUCACAGAGGCACAGUAAAUAUGAAUUCUUCCCUGAUGCCACCCUGUGUCCCAGCUCAUACCUUUGGUUGGUUGGUACAGACCUACAGCUUUAUCCCCACAUUCCAGUCAAUGUAACAGAAGUUGUUUUGUGCCUUCCCUCUAUAUCUGUCAUUCCCUCUAAAUUGGGCAUCUAAAUCUGUCUUUUGGAUAUGUCUUAAACGACCUCAUAUUCCUGCGGGCAACUCUGUAAGUGGAAUAAAAAAAAAAAGUGUUAUUCCUGUUGUUAUUAUUCAGUGACUUACAGCUGCCAUAAAGCCUCCCUAGACUGGGCAACCUUUGUUGCCUCUACUAUAUAAGCAGGUUUUAGCUUCCAUUUUGUGACCAGUAAGAAGACAUUUAUAGAUGUUACAUAGCUAGUAAAAGGGCUGUUUUCUCCCCAACCUCACUCCAACUUCAUUUCUUUAACUUUCUACAGCUAUCCAGAGCUGAAGCUCAUCCAGUCAAUUAAUGCCCAUCCUUCAAACUGCAUCUGUAUCAAAUUUGACCCAACGGGCAAGUAUUUUGCUACAGGAAGUGCUGAUGCAUUGGUUAGCCUCUGGGAUGUGGAUGAGCUUGUAUGCGUGCGAUGCUUUUCUAGGUGAGUUAUCUUGAUCUGUGAACUUAAUGACCUUUUUUGACCCUAGGGGUUGUCAAAAUGUCUAUACCAUACCUUAUUUUGCACUCCUGCAGCUAGGUAUGUAGAUUGGAUAAAUAAUUCUUAACCACUUGUACACUGAAGUGCUCUGAAUGGGCUGUUGCUCUUGUUAGAAAUUGAGCGGGAGGAGUUCAUGAUUGAUCUAUAAAAAUGUCAAUUCAGAUUGCUGCCUUGGCAGGGUAGACUGAUUUAUAUCAAGGUAAUUUAAAUCACUAAGAAAAAAGGACAAGUUUAUAAAGUGUUGAAUUUAAAUAAGUUGUUUUUAUUUUAAAAUUCACAUUUUUCCUGAUCAAGCAGAUACGCUAUCCAGUUAUUGUAAAACACACUGCUCAAACUAAGCUGAGCUUUUAUACAACCUAUGAGCAUAAUCCAAAAACUUUGCUUCUGCAGUUCAUAACGUCUUUGUGGAUAUAAGAGACAGAUUUUUGUUCAAAUCUUUUUCUGGGGCAAGGAUACUAAGGAAGCCACAUGAAUGCAGUCUACUGAAAUUUAUAUAAGCAAUGACUUGUAAAGAUACUGUCUUUCUCUGUGUUUAGUAAUGAUAAUUUAAUAAAUAAUCUAAUAAUUUGAGUACUGAACUUACUGCAAAGUUCUAGUAGUUGGGUGGGUACAUGGAUAGCAUUGCCAGUGUGUGAUUUCCAAUGCUUAACUUUAAAAGUCAGAAUUUCGCCAUAGCUCUUUUUUUUUUUACAUAGUAAAGCAGCCUUUAACUCAGUCUUUUUAUCUGUUGUUAUAAGUGGUGUGGCCUGAGAAAAGAGGAGAAAAUUUUAUGCCUUUCCUAAUACUUUAACUCUGGCUAACACAAUCUGUUGGCAGAAAAGUCAAAGAAAAUACAGACCAUGUGUAGCUAUGUAUAUGUAUAUAUGUAUGUAUGUAUGUAUGUGUGUGUGAGUGUAGUAAUUAAUGUACAGCGUUUGUUAUCGCAGGAUAUUAUGGCCUCUGGCUUAGCAUUAAAAGGGAAUUAGACAAAUUAAUGGACGAUUGCUUUAUCAACAGCAUGAUGACUAAAUAGAACUGCCAUACCCAAUGGCAGUAUUUUUCUCCCUGUUGCUAGGAAGAAAUAAAGAGGGAGAGUUCUUGGCUUUGGGUGCUAUUUUCAUGCUUCCAAGAGGCAUCUGACUGGUACCUGUCUUCUCGCCCCCGGCCCUUAUUCCAUUUUCUCCUAUAUUUCAGGCUCGACUGGCCUGUGAGGACAUUGAGUUUCAGCCAUGAUGGGAAGAUGCUGGCUUCAGCCUCUGAAGAUCACUUCAUUGACAUUGCUGAGGUAGAAACAGGUCAGUGCUCUUCUUCUCACCGUCUGCCAAGAAAGGCAAAGCAAUUCUAAAAACACAUACUAGGGAAUGAGCUCGGAUGAAGAUCAUGUUGGUUUUGAAUAAGCUUUCACUAUCAAUGUGUGUUACACUUUUCCUGUCGUCUACUGGAGGUUCCCUAAAUUUCUUUUGGUCCAUUCCUAGACCUAAAAACUUGGCAAAGCUAUGCAUAUCUGGUGUGGGGGAAUCCAGGCAGAACAUGCAGGAGUGGGAGGAUAUUGUCCCGGCCAGAGGUGGGGAACCUGACAGCCCACGGGGCCUUCCCAUUUGUUCUCGCCUCCCGACAUCCAGUCCCUGCAGCAAUUAGGAUUGCAAAUUGUCUCUUAUAGGCUCCAAAAAUCUUCUUUCAAGUUUAUUUGGUGCACGGGGGCAUUUGUGGGGGGAGGGUUGAAGGGAUAAGCCUUUCCUUCCCGUAUGCUGUGACACCCACCCCCAUCCAAAAUUAACCCUGCUCUGCAAUAUGGCUCGAAAGAAGCCGACCUUAAGAGUCGUAAUCACUUAGGCUGGAAAAAAGAAUUGCUAGGGUGCUGGGAGAAGAGUGAGUGUGGAAACACGAGUGCUUCAUUUUUGCUAACUCUUAACCAUGCCCAUUUUUGUUUUUCAUCGUGGGCACUGCUAGCAUACGUCCCUUGGAAGAGUGCCCAUGAUGUCAUGUGUCUAUGAAGAAGGUGCCCCAUCCUUAGCCUAAGCUCCUCUUGUUCUCAAAGCAAUAGUCCCUGUAAUUUUAUGAACCACCAGUAUUUUACAAACCCCUCCUCUGUUCUUGCUGGUUGAGAGCUUUUGGCUUUGAAUUGCACUUGUAAUUUUAUGUAAAAAGAUUGCAGUGUGAAAUUCUUCUUCGAUGGAACUCAUUAAACUGCAUUCUCGUACAGAGGCGAGCCAAGAACAGGGUGUCCCAGCUGCAUUUGUCUUGGUUCCUGGGUUAAUUCUGUCUUUAUACUUCAGGUGAGAAGCUGUGGGAAGUGCAGUGUGAGUCUUCAACGUUCACUGUGGCUUGGCAUCCAAAGCGGCCCCUGUUGGCCUUCGCCUGCGAUGACAAAGAUGGCAAAUAUGAUAGCAGCAGAGAAGCUGGAACCGUGAAGCUCUUUGGUCUUCCCAAUGACUCAUAAGAGAAGCUCCUGGGGACUGUAUUUGUAACCUGGUAUUCCUAGUCAAGCCCACAUAUGCAUUGCUUCUCUCUUUCCAAUUUUUGAGCAGGAGCAGCACCAUGGUUUGACAUUCCCACGCCUAGAAAGCUUGCUUUUUGAAGUUUUUCUAAAAUGCCCAACCAUUCUAAAAGGCACAGAGGCUGACUGGCUGACUAAAUUCUCCAAUUUCUAGGCCGUUAAUUGUUUUUUAUUGCAAAGAGGAAGCUACAGCUGCCAGUGGAUUUGAGUGUCUUGUGUGCUGUGCGUUCAAUUAGGAAAACAAUCCCUGCCCUCUCGUUUCUCAGGAUGUAGCAGGCAGUCCCUCUAAAUCCAUGUGAGUGUGCCAUUGUCAUGACUUGUGUCUCCCUUAAAAAUGGAAAGACUGGGGAAUAUUGUAUGCAGGUUUUCUGUUGUCACAUUUUGAAUCCUCCUUUUCCUUUGGAGGAGUGCGCGUCUUGCCUCCUUUGGAGGUUGUGUGUGUGUCUUUCCUUCCUUUUGCACCUUAGGGUAAUGAAAGGAGAAUAGGGUUAUUUUUUGUUUGAACCUGUUCUUGUAUUUUGGAUAAUUUGUUUCAGUAAAUAAAAACAUAAAACCUG